ACGUGCAGGGCCAGGACUACACGGUGGGCGCGACCAUGAAGAUCGACUACGACCUGCCCAGCAAUGCGACACAGCUGUUCGGUCAGGCGGCGGAGCGGGCCCUGGGCAGGCUCACGCGGUGGCAGCUGUACGCCACCGCCGAGGCUGCACUGUCCAGCAUGGGAGUGGACGGACGAGCGUGUGUGCUGCGCGCCAUAUGUGAGGCCGCCGAGACGCCACUCCGCCAGGACUCGCUGCUCGCCGAGCUCAGCCACCUGCUGCUCACACCGUCGACGACGGAUUCGGGCAGCAGUGAGGGGCGGCGCUACCUGGCGGCGGAGCACGCGGGGGCGGCUGCCGGGAUGGUCGACAUCGUGCAGGAAGAACACAUCCGCCGUGACGAAGAGCAGCUGUCCACCUACCUGUCAGCCAGGGCGGAAGAAGACACGUUCGAACCCAUCACCAAGGAAGAGGUCGCCUGA